AAAUGACCAGGAAGACAUAAGUUCAUUCUUGAUUCCACAUCAGUAGGAACUAGUUAACUUUCUUUCACGGAAGAAAAAUGCUAUUAUUUUGGUCUUUUUGUUUGAUUUUCUUCCAGGUAUUCUUCUUCUUAGGUUCACUGUGUGAGGGUGAAAUCUCCUGCUUAAAUGAAGAUGGGCAGCCUGUUGACUGGUUCAUUAUAUACAAAUUACCAAGAUAUAAAAAGGAGAGUGUGGGAAGUGGAGUUGACUACAUGUAUUUGGAUCCCUCAUUACCUAACUGGCACAUGAGUAAACAUGCUGUGAAUACCACUGAAGGGGCAUUAGGCAGAACAUUGAACCAGCUGUACCAAAGAUAUGAGUCAAACAGCUUGGUAUACAUACUCUACAAUGAUGCUCCUCCAGUGCUUGAGUAUGUGAAUAAUUCUGGACACUCAAAAGGGGCUCUGCUUGUUGACCAGUUUCAAGGAUUCUGGUUAACCCACAGCAUUCCUCACUUUCCGCCUUUCCCCGAAAUUGGUUUUGGCUACCCAUCCACUGGAAAACUCUAUGGUCAGAGUGUUCAGUGUACAACAUACAGUUCCAAACAGUUCCGAAAAAUAUCACAGCAACUAGCAUAUAUUAACCCAAACACAUACAACUGCUCAAUACCAUCAGCCUACUACACAGAGAUGCCAGAAAUGGCACGUAUCUGUGCUGGAAAAACUGUGAGUGUGGUUCCCAGGAGAAGGCUUGAAACACUGAUGUCAGUCAAAGGAGAGACGUUCCUCAGUUUUGCCAAAUCACACCGUUAUGUUGAUGACAUUUAUGCUGGCUGGAUAGCACAGACACUGGAUACAAACCUUCUAGUGGAAUCAUGGCAGCGGAAAACCCACCAGCUUCCCUCCAACUGCUCGCUGCCUUACCAUGUGAUGAAUAUCGAGUUGGUCUGUCUGUCUAAGCUGGUAACUUUCAAAUCCUAUGAUGACCACUCCAAGUGGUGUGUCUCUUGGGGAUAUCAAGCCCAGUGGACUUGUCUAGGGGACCUGAACAGAGAGAAUACACAGGCAUGGAGAGGAGGUGGCCUCAUCUGUACCCAAAAUACAGCUGUGUACAAAGCUUUCCGUUCAUCUGUUCUCUGGUAUAAAAAUUGUUAGUAGUGAGAAGUCUGCUGUUACCUACAGGAACCUGCACUAGCAUUUUGAAUGGCAGGCAUUCUGCACUGUGAUGGAGAUGGUGGAGCAACCCAUAUGCAGUACACAGUCACAAUUAUUAAUGAUCAACUGAUCAGUGGAGAUCCUCACUUGCACCUACAGUGCCAUGAUUAUGGACAGAGCUGUUUAAAGUACAUUAUAUUAAUGGUCGCCAGCUUGGCCUGUCCAGCUACUAGAUUUCAAAACAAACCAAGCUGGUCAAACCAGUAGACUAAAAUUUUCAUAAGGGAAGUUACUAAUUAGAUGUCUACAUUGAUAAAUUCUCUAAUUACCCACUAGUACCCAUUAUUAAGUCUGAUUAGUAGUUGUUGUUUAUUUAAAGAUAGAUAUUGAAGUAUUAUGACCACAACAAGGCUCAUUUUGUUAAAAAAAUAAAAAUGUACUUGAGAUUCAAUCAAAGCUCACA